UUAAUUAUUGUUUAGAUUUGUUGUCAAGGAAACCCGAACCCAGUCAUAUUUGUUUAUUUGAAGCAAAAAAAAAACAAUUAUGCAACAAACAUUUUGUCAAAACGUGAGUAAAGUCAACGCGUUUUCGAAGAAAUGGUAAAGAUCACAGAAGAAUUGGUGCGCAAGAAAUGCGAGCAUAAUGAAUGUCUCAUCAGCACGCUGGAAGAGCUCUCGCUGCAUCAGGAAGACAUUGAGCGUAUCGAGCAUUUGCAGAAUUGGUGUCGCGACCUAAAGAUUUUGCUGCUGCAGUCCAAUCUCAUUGGCAAAAUAGAGAAUCUGCAUAAAUUGAAGAAAUUAGAAUACUUAAAUUUGGCUAUAAACAAUAUAGAACGUGUGGAGAAUCUCGAGGCACUCGAAGCGCUCAACAAAUUAGAUUUAACAUUGAAUUUCAUUGGCGAACUCACAUCGGUGGAAUGUUUGAAGGACAACUACAAUCUGCGCGAGCUCAUACUCACUGGCAAUCCAUGCUGUGACUAUCCGCAUUAUAGAGAUUACGUGAUGGCCACGCUGCCGCAACUGCAUCGUUUGGAUUGUGAGGAGAUCAAAAUGUCGCAAAAGUUACAGGCUCAAAGGUCGCUCACGGCGCACCGUGCUGUUAUUGUACAAAAACAAGCCGAUUAUUGCAUGCAACGUGACGAGCAAAGGGUGCGUGUGGCCGAACAGAGAUCGCAGCUGGAGAGCGAAAUGGCGCAAAUCGACGAUGAAGAUAGACGUUUGAAAAAAUUUUGGGACACCAAAAGUGAGCAUUGCCCCGAGACACGCAUGGACAUAGCCAAAUAUCAUAAAUUGGGGCGUGAGAAGAAGACAAACACGACGGAGCUGCAGAAGUCAGUGCGACGUGCCGUAAAUCUCUUUGCGCCCUGCGGCCGACCCUACAAUCUAAAUCAAGCGAAAUUGCCAUUCAAUUUGCAGGACGAAUGUAAUGAGUACAUACUGGAGCUCGGCGUUUACAAAUACUUGGAUACAUCACAGCUUCAAGUGGAUGUCGAGUCGAAUUAUGUGCGCGUUACAGUGAAAGGGAAAAUUUUCCAAAUGGCAUUCUCGGAGGAGCUCAAUAUCACCGAGGCAAGCGUCAAGCGAUCGCAGAUAACGGGUUAUUUGCUGGUAAACAUGCCAAAGUUGCAUGCUAAAGAGAUGCUGACCUUGCGACCACAAGUAUCAGAUAAUAAGGACGUUAGUGCAAGGACACAAGGAAAGAAUAGCAAAAUGGAUUUAAAAGGAACUGUGGAUAUAAAAACGAUAUGCAGCGACGAACACGCGGAUCUACCCGAGCUAAUUGAUUAAGCUAUUUCUUACACACGCCCUCUUAGUAAAUAAAAAAAGGCUGCUGAUAUAUAUAUUUUUUAAAUAAAAAUCGCA